AUGCCGUGGAACGCGAACAAUAAUCCCGCAGGUGACAUCCGUGCGCCUGCGAUGGCAGCAGUACUUCGUCUCAAACAGCAGCAAGGAUGCAGUAAUACAAAUGCUGUAUGGAAGCGUUCUCUGUGUGUGGAAGAGUUAAAUGAGCUAUUGCUCCCUCAUGACGAACUUAUAACGUUGCGUCACUGUGCUCUGUUACAUCCAGAUGAUUUUCCAACUGAAGCUACAGGACGAGAUGGAGCAGUUGUAGUGUAUCCACGACUGCAUGCACAAUUUGUUGUAGCUGUUCGUCAGCAUGUGGCCGUUCCUCGAGGUUCUAUCGCCUUGUCAGAGCCACAAUUGAUUAAUCUCGAGCUUUGCAGGUUCCAGACGGAGACCUGGACGCUUUUCACAGAGCGUGUGCCGAUUAUUAAUGCAUUGUCGAUUGAGAUACGUCCAUUGUUGAAGGAAAUAAUGAUGGAAGAGGAGCACAAUGACGAGAGUUUGACUGCGACUGGGACCUUGACAACUAUGCAACAACCUGGUGCACCGAUCGUGACGGAUGCCAAGGAGUUUGCCACGGCAUUUGCCAAAUAUACGUGGCAACGUGUUCUCACGGAGCAUGAACGACUUGUAAUGCCGUAUAAAGAUGGCAAUUGCUAUUUUAUUCGUGUGCUUGAAAUCAAUGCGGAGGAUGAGAACGAGACGGAAUUUACCAUGCCGGAUUCAUAUCGUGGUCGUGUGGAUGAAGAUGUACAGGUGUUUGUAUCUUCAGAGAGAGGUCAAUCCCCAGUGUUUCAGCUGCUUGGUGCUGCAGCAAUGGACUCUGCGGGUCUGUCGCCAAUGAGCUCGGAUGUUGUCACGGUACUGACAAAUGACGAGGAGGAGUUUCCAGUCAAAAAGAAACUGCUUUUCCCGUGCAUUAAACUGUCAUCAGCUGUUCUUUCAGGCAAGGGUGUCCACAAAGAUGCAUCGACCACUAUUAAUGUGGACGUAGAUUGUUGCACGUUCGAUCGAGUACUUUUGUAUUUAGAACACGAAGCCCGCAACGAUGGCACUGAGUUUCAAUUCGAUCCUUCAUUUACGGAAGAUCUCUUAGCUGCAGCUAUCACGGUGGGCUGCAUUGGUCUACAGGAAGUUUGUCAGAGACGUUUUGGCGAGUUUAAGACACGAGUACACACCGAAGCUAUUCGCUGGGAAGAGGUCGUCCGUCGCAAUCAAUCGGGCGAGGUAUGGCUUGUUAUGCAAGGAAUGGUGCUGGAUAUUACGCGCUGGAUUCCAGAACAUCCAGGCGGCUCGGAGUUGAUUGCUCAGGAAGCCAUGAACGUAGAUUCGACGAUUAUGUUUGAGACAUACCAUGCGAGUCGGCAGUCAUUUCGUUAUCUCAAGCAGUUUUACAUCGGAGAGUUGUCCGAGUUUGAUCUUGCUGAAAUGCCUAGGCCAAUGCAGCUGCCAUCCGAAGCUUUUCUCCAGGAGCUGCAGCAAUAUACGAAGUGGCGCAUGAAACCACAGGAACACACAUACAAGAGCUUUUAA